UGUGGCCUGGCUCACUCUGCCUUGUUCUCUAGGCUGGCGUCCCUGGCUGAGCAUGGUAGCGGCCUGUGGUCUUCAUCUCCUCAUCUGGUGUCAGGCAAACCCCGAAGAGCCAGCAAGCUUGGGCACCCGCAGCCCAGCUCGCGACAGAGUGAGCCACCUAUCGGAGCUUAGCCAUCUGAUGGGGGAGUGAUUUGAGAGAACACCAGGGACUGUCUCACACAGUUGACUAAAUGGUGGCCUCCGUGACAGGUGGCUUUUAGGAAUGACCACCUAGGCAUGAGCGGCCCCUGAGGUCGCCGGUGACUUUGGAAAUAGACAUCUGCAGCAAGCCUACCACAAGGGCUGCCCCAGCCCAUGGGGCCUCUGGAGCCCCCCGGAGCCACGUGACUGUCCAGACGACACCCCCGCCUCCCCCCCAGGCCCAGCCAUGUCAGGCGCUGAGGGCUUCCAGUACAGGGCUGUGUACCCAUUCCGCCGGGAGCGGCCUGAGGACCUGGAGCUGCUCCCAGGGGACCUCCUGGUGGUGAGCCGGGUGGCCCUGCAGGCGCUGGGCGUGGCGGACGGAGGGGAGAGAUGCCCACACAGCGUGGGCUGGAUGCCGGGCUUCAAUGAGCGCACCCGGCAGCGAGGGGACUUCCCUGGAACAUACGUGGAGUUCCUAGGACCCGUGGCCCUGGCUCGACCAGGUCCUCGCCCACGAGGCCCCCGUCCUCUGCCUGCCAGGCCCUCGGAUGGACCCUCCGAAUCAGGCCUCACGUUGGCAGACCUGGCAGAGCAGUUCUCCCCACCUGACCCUGCUCCCCCAAUUCUAGUGAAGCUGGUAGAAGCCAUUGAGCAAGCAGGGCUGGACAGUGAAUGCUACAGUAGACCGGAACUGCCAGCGCCUCGGACAGACUGGUCCCUGAGCGAUGUGGAGCAGUGGGACCGCACCACCUCGUACGAUGCUGUUAAGGGCUUCCUGUUGGCGUUGCCCACGGCCGUGGUGACACCUGAGGCUGCAGCAGAGGCUUACCGGGCGCUGCGGGAGGCUGCGGGGCCUGUGGGGCCGGUGCUGGAACCCCCGACGCUGCCACUGCACCAGGCACUCACCCUGCGGUUCCUGCUGCAGCACCUGGGCCGUGUGGCCCGCAGAGCGCCGGCCCCGGCCACAGCUGUCCACGCGCUGGCCAGCGUCUUUGGGCCUCUGCUGCUGCGCGCGCCACCGCCAGGGGGCGAUGCUGAUGGGAGUGAGCCUGCGCCCGACCUCCCCGUUUUGCUGCUGGAGAGACUUGUACAAGAGCAUGUGGAUGAACAGGAUGCGGCCCCUCCAGCACUGCCACCUAAACCCUCUAAGGCCAAGCCGGCCCCCACAGCACUGGCCAAUGGAGGGAACCCGCCCUCACUUCAGGAUGCAGAGUGGUACUGGGGAGACAUCUCCAGGGAAGAGGUGAAUGAGAGGCUCCGGGACACGCCUGAUGGCACCUUCCUGGUCCGAGAUGCAUCUAGCAAGAUCCAAGGAGAAUAUACGCUCACCCUCAGGAAAGGCGGGAACAACAAGCUGAUCAAAGUCUUCCACCGGGAUGGCCACUAUGGCUUCUCAGAACCCCUCACCUUCUGCUCUGUGGUAGAGCUCAUCUCCCACUACCGCCAUGAGUCACUGGCGCAGUACAACGCCAAGCUGGACACGCGCCUCCUCUACCCUGUGUCCAAGUACCAGCAGGACCAGGUGGUGAAGGAGGACAGUGUAGAGGCCGUGGGCGCGCAGCUCAAGGUCUACCACCAGCAGUACCAGGACAAGAGCCGGGAGUACGACCAGCUGUACGAGGAAUACACGCGGACCUCUCAGGAGCUUCAGAUGAAGCGCACAGCCAUAGAGGCCUUCAAUGAGACCAUCAAGAUCUUCGAAGAGCAGGGCCAGACUCAGGAAAAGUGUAGCAAGGAGUAUUUGGAGCGCUUCCGGCGAGAGGGCAACGAGAAGGAGAUGCAGAGGAUCCUGCUGAAUUCCGAGCGCCUCAAGUCUCGCAUCGCAGAGAUCCACGAGAGCCGCACGAAGCUGGAGCAGGACCUGCGGGCGCAGGCCUCGGACAACCGAGAGAUCGACAAACGCAUGAACAGCCUGAAACCCGACCUCAUGCAGCUGCGCAAGAUCCGGGACCAGUACCUCGUGUGGCUCACCCAGAAAGGUGCCCGACAGAGGAAGAUCAAUGAGUGGCUGGGAAUUAAAAACGAGACUGAAGACCAGUAUUCACUGAUGGAGGAUGAGGACGCCCUCCCCCACCACGAGGAGCGCACGUGGUACGUGGGCAAGAUCAACCGCACACAGGCGGAGGAGAUGCUGAGUGGCAAGCGGGACGGGACCUUCCUCAUCCGGGAGAGCAGCCAGCGGGGCUGUUACGCAUGCUCCGUGGUGGUGGACGGUGACACAAAGCACUGCGUCAUCUACCGCACGGCCACCGGCUUCGGCUUCGCAGAGCCUUACAACCUGUACGGCUCGCUGAAGGAGCUGGUGCUACACUACCAGCACGCGUCGCUCGUGCAGCACAACGACGCGCUCACCGUCACCCUUGCGCACCCUGUGCGUGCCCCCGGGCCCGGCCCGCCACCCGCAGCCCGCUGAGCACCCCCACCUCGCCUGCCUCCCUGUCCACCUCCGUCUCUGAAUCCCCUUCCCUGGUGAACACACGCAGGAAGCCCUCCCUCCCUCUGCGCCUGCCAUGUUUACAGAGGCUGCUGGGCCACCAGCCUGGGCGCCCCAGUUCUGAUUCAAGCCAUAGCCCCGGGGUCAGGAAGGAACUGCGCUGGGUGGUUUCCAGGAACUCGGGCCUGGACACUCGGGGCCGGGCGGGACCCGCCCCGCGGACCCCAACUUCCCCUCGUAAGGUCGAAGUGAAACCAGCCACAGCUGCCGAGAAGUCCCCCCUCCGGAGGGCAGAAUUCGAACUCUGGCCCCCACCCAGGCCCUGCGCUGUUCUCCCGAUUGUGCAAUCACCUCUUUGGGACAAGGGCCCUGGGUGUGUCCCUGCCCCUUGGACCCCACAACUGCCCAGGGCUGAUGGGCAGAAGGUUUUGUACGGUACGUUUAUUGAUACGAAUAUGAAACAUUGUACCUGUC